AAUUGAGAUAUUUGUGCAACAUCAUUGAGCCACUACCUGUGAGAUACAUCAACAACUUCAAGGCUAUCAUAAAUCUCAAGAAAAAUGGUAGUGCAAGGUCAUACAUGGGCUUGAAGUAUGCUUCUAUCCAUAGUGGAUUCUAUACCUAUUCCAUCGGAAUUAUUAUGAAAGGAACCCAUAUGGAAUUGGAAAAAAUUUUCACCAUGUGGAUGAUCAUUGAUCUCUCAAACAAUCAGUUUGAAGGAGAGAUUCCAAAGGUUAUUGGGAAGCUUAACUUACUGAAAGGGCUUAGCCUUUCUCAUAAUAACCUUAAUGGUAGGAUCCCCACAUCAGUAGGGAAUUUGACAAGUCUUGAAUGGUUGGACCUAUCUUCAAACAGGUUGUCUGGGACGAUUCCAAAUAGAUUGGCAGAUCUUCCAUUUCUUUCGUCCUUAAAUGUUUCUGAAAAUCAACUCCAUGGUCAGAUUCCUCAAGGAAAACAAUACAAUAGAUUUGGAAAUGAUUCAUAUGAAGGAAAUAAGGGACUAUGCGGGUUUCCGGUCUCGAAAGUUUGCAACAUCAUUGAGCCAGCACCUCCAAAUGUGCUUGAAAAAGAUGGCUCAAAAUCAAACAUUGCUUUUGGUUGGAAAGUGGUGUUGAUAGGUUAUGGAUGCGGAAUAGUGCUCGGAAUGUCGGUGGGAUAUGUUGUUUCCCAAACUGGUAAGCCGAAAUGGUUGGUGAAUUUGGUUGAAAACCAAAAUGAGAAGAGGCGAAGAAAAAAGUCAAAGAAUUAUAUGGUUUCCAAACAAGCUGGGAGGAAGGAUUGCAAGAGAACUGCUAAAUUUGAUGGCUCUUUCUAUGUUAAACCUUUCAAUGAAUGAAUUGGUUGGGUGCAUCCCUCAAGGAAAACAAUUCAAUACCUUUGAAAAUACUUCCUAUGAAGGCAACAAAGGAUUACAUGGUUUUCCAUUGUCAAGUGAUUGCAACAAUAAUGAGCUACCACCACCUUCAAACUUAUCAGAAGAAGGUGGAUCAAAAUCAAACAUUGAUUUUGGGUGGAAAGUAGGGUUAUUGGGUUAUGGAUGUGGAGUGGUGUUAGGAUUGGGCGUGGGAUAUGUUAUUUUCCAAACUGGUAAGCCAAAGUGGAUAGUGAGUUUGGUUGAAGAUCAUAUUCAGAAGAGGCAGAGAAGAGAGCCAAUGACCGGGAAUCGCAGCAAUGGAGGAAGAAGGAUUAGGCAGAGCAAAUGAUGUUCAAGCAUUUCUGUUGUAUUUUCAUAUAUAUAUUUUUAUGGUGUGUCUAACGUUUAGCUAUAUGUCUUUAUCUUUUAGUAUAGUAUUUCAAUAACGUGUAAAGAUCUAUUCUCAAUGUACUCUUACAUAGUUGCAGCUAUUUAUGUCUUUUUGAAUGA